UCGAAAUUGGUCGAAUCAGAACCAAUGCUGAAUUGGGUUCUAUCUAAGCUCUUAAAAUCUCAUCUCUGGAUUCCGAUCAAUGAUAGUUAUCUCAUUUAAUGGUACGCAAAAUUUUUUAAUUACCCGGUUUUUGAUAUACUUUUCAGGAUUCUGCAUACACCUGAUUGGUUGAAACUCUCCGAGAUUCAAACUUAAGAUCAAAAUAAUCUUAAUAUUAACAAAAAAAGAAAAUCAAGCAUUGAUCUUGAUAUCCGUAAUUCUAAAUUUUUCAGAGCUGAUCAAACUGAAGAUAUGGAUAUAAACCGAGACAAUAAAAUAAAUAUUUUAAAAUGCAUUCAACUUAUACUAUUUAUAGAAUGUUUAUAGAAUGUUUAAAGCAUAAAACAAAAAAUCCAAUAUAUCGAUAUUUGAGUCUUUGACAACAUUAAAAAGAAAUGUCAAGUGGAAGUUUAGAAAAGAUUUACAAAUAUAGAACUUGAGAUUCUUAUAAAAACAAAAUAAGAACUCUUCUCUUUUGUAUUUCACAGAGUAAUUUGGCAUUUAAGUACAAAAAUAAGAAGGAUUCUUUUUUAAAAAGCACAUAUUUAAAAAUAACAAGAACUAUUUUUUUUUAACGUACAUAUUAAAGAGUUGAACAACUUUAUCAAAAAUGUAAUCUCAUAUUUCAUAUUUUAUUCAAGUACAUAGCAUGAAAUAUUACAAAUAAGCAAUCACAAUUAACUUUGCAGGUUGGACCCGCCUAACCAGGGUAGGUUGUUUUGAGUGGUUGGCCUUAAGUAAAUGUAAUCUCUUAUACACAUUUAGCUUGUUUUUAGUCUGCAUAAAUUCAGCUAAUUUUGUAGCAUAAAAACAGAUUUUGUGGGAUACUAUUUAUGUAACCUCCCCCCCCUCAAAUUUAUUCAUUUAAUAUGUGAGAUUUAGAGGGUUCACCCAAUUUUGUUUGUUAUUGUAAAGGGGCAAUAAGGUUUGUUGGGGGGGCCUUACAACCUAGACUUAAGACCCCAAGACCGUAGAUUAACUUCAUUCUUCACAUAAAUCUAAUUUUCUUAAAAUACCAAGAUUUGAUAGUUAGAAGCAGAGAACUGUGGAAUAGGAAGACGACAUUGAAUCAGUACAUUAGUGUUUACACUGUACAAUUGCUGUCUCUCAUUUCAUACACAACAUCAUCUUUCUAUAAUAUUUUAAAAAUCUAAAAUCAUAUUUACAAAAGCUCAUCAAAUACAGAUAAAUAAAAACUAAUAUUAUUCCUGGAACUUGAAUCGGACUUCAAUUUGCAGAUAUACUUGGAUCUAAAAGUUGUCUUCCUAUUCCAGAAACUUCUAGUUCUCACUGUAUUCAAUUGUCCAGGUGGUUUACAGAUUCUCUGGAGGAAGGGAUAUGCUGUUAUAUCCGCAGGAGAAAUCAUGAUAUCUCUGGAUUCAAGAUUAUCAUUGAUAACUGGAGGAAACAGAAAUUCUCUUCUUUUAAAGAAUGUGACAGAACAGGAUGAUGGAGAAUAUUCCUGCCAAAUCACAGCACAGACUGGAGUACUUACACUUACACAUUCACUUACAGUACUAG